AUGUCCAACAGCAGCUCCAUCACACAGUUCCUCCUCCUGGCGUUCACAGACAUGCGGGAGCUGCAGCUCCUGCACUUCUGGCUCUCCCUGGCCAUCUACCUGGCUGCCCUCCUGGGCAACGGGCUCAUCGUCACCGCCAUCGCCUGCGACCACCGCCUCCACACCCCCAUGUACUUCUUCCUCCUCAACCUCUCCCUCCUCGACCUGGGCUCCAUCUCCACCACUCUCCCCAAAUCCAUGGCCAAUUCCCUCGGGGACACCAGGGACAUCUCCUACGCAGGAUGUGCUGCACAAGCAUUUCUGUUUCUCUUUUUGAUAUCAGCAGAGUUUUUUCUCCUGACGGUCAUGGCCUACGACCGCUACGUGGCCAUCUGCAAACCCCUGCACUACGGGACCCUGCUGGGCAGCAGAGCUUGUGCCCUCAUGGCAGCAGCUGCCUGGGCCGGUGGGUUUCUCAAUGCUGGGCUGCACACAGCCAGUACAUUUUCACUGCCCCUCUGCCAUGGCAAUGCCCUGGGGCAGUUCUUCUGUGAAAUCCCCCAGAUCCUCAAGCUCUCCUGCUCAGACACCUACCUCAGGGAGGUCGGGCUUCUUGGGGUUAGUGUCUGUGCAGCAUUUGGGUGUUUUGUUUUCAUUGUGCUGUCCUAUGUGCAGAUCUUCAGGGCUGUGCUGAGGAUCCCCUCUGAGCAGGGACGGCACAAAGCCUUUUCCACGUGCCUCCCUCACCUGGCCGUGGUCUCCCUGUUUCUCAGCACUGCCAUGUUUGCCUACCUAAAGCCCCCCUCCGUCUCCUCCCCACCCCUGGACCUGGUGGUGGCAGUGCUGUACUCGGUGGUGCCUCCAGCAAUGAACCCCAUCAUCUACGGCAUGAGGAACAAGGAAAUCAAGGAUGCUUUAUGGAGAGUAAUCCAAUGGAUGCUGCUUCACUGA